CAAUCCCCCAAUUUUCUCCAAAACCAAACCCCUCCUCGUCUCGUCGUCGUCGUCCUCCGCCUCGAGCUCCCUUGGGAUCGCGAUGGCGAACAUGCCGGCCUCGGAGAUGCGGCUGCCUCCCCACCUCGCCCACCUCCUCGCCGCGCGCCGCCUCAACACCGCCAAGGACGCGCUCUCCCUGCCCAAGGUGGAGCUCAUCGCGGUCCUCGACGCCGGCCUCCCCACCGCCCGCGCCGCCGUCGCUCACGUCAGCGAGGUCGCUUGCCCUCCGUGCCAGACGGCGCUUGCGCUGCUGGAGGAGCGCAUGUUAGGAGAAGGCGGGCGGCUGGCCACCACGCUCUGCGGGCAGGAUGAGGUGUUGUGCGGAGGAAUCCCCGUGGGAAAGCUAACCGAGGUCGUCGGGCCCCCAGGGAUCGGUAAAACGCAGUUCUGCCUGAAGCUUGCAAUGUUAGCAGCACUACCAGAAUGCUAUGGAAGUUUAAAUGGCUGUGUUGUCUAUAUUGACACUGAAUCCAAGUUCUCUUCACGGAGGUAGCUGAAGUUUCUG